AUGACAGUAACCCUAGAUUUCGAGUCCUCAACUUCAGAUUCCAGCACCCGGAGAGCUCUUUCAGACAUUUCACUAGCUGUAGCAAAGUGUAAAAAGAUUGUGGUCGUUACUGGAGCUGGGAUUUCGUGUUCUUGUGGCAUUCCAGACUUUCGUUCUUCCGAUGGAUUAUAUGCCUUGGUGAAACAACAGUAUCCCGACGUCGUCCUCAAAGGCCGUGAUCUCUUCGAUGCCUCUCUGUUUCGCGACUCAACAUCCACUUCCGUGUUCUACACGUUUAUCUCACAACUGAAGAGAUCUAUCGACUCUGCAUCACCUGCUCCGACACACAAUUUCAUAAAGACUCUGGAGGCAAAGCAGAAAUUGCUGCGAUCUUACACGCAAAACAUAGACGGGCUCGAGGAAAGGGUGGGGCUGAGAGGGAGCUCCAGUCGUGAUGCAAAAUCCACGGGGAAAGGAAAAUCCAAACUAAAAGUCAAGGAGGUUAGGAACGUCCAACUCCACGGAGACAUACACCGAGUCCGGUGUACAUUCUGCUCAGCAGAAUUUCCGUGUAUAGAGGAACAUUUGAAAGUUUUCAGCAAGGGUAUGGCACCGGAUUGUCCGGAAUGCUUUGCACGAUCGGCCGCCCGGGUAGCACGAUCAGCUCGCGCCCUCAAGGUUGGAACCCUUCGCCCUGCUAUUGUAUUAUACGACGAGCCGCAUCCCUUGGGUGACGAUAUUGCUACGAUCCAGACUGCCGACAUUGCUCGCAAGCCUGACAUGCUUAUCAUUAUGGGUACAUCGCUAAAAGUGCACGGCUUGAAGAAGCUUGUGAAGGACUUUGCCAAAACCAUCCGUACCACAUCAUCAUCAUCAAAUUCAGCGGGAUCAUCGUCAAAAACUUCCAAGAGUUGGACUGGGAAAGUGAUAAUUGUGAACAAGACACCACCGGGAAGUGAAUGGUCUGAUAUCAUCGAUUAUCAUGUGGCAGGAGAAACAGACAGAUGGGUGGAGAGGGUUCUCGAAGAUUGGAAGAAGAUGAGACCUUCAGAUUGGGAGGUACAGCAGACAUUGACGACAGAGGGUGAGGUGGAAGGGUUCAAGGUCGUCAAAGACAACAGCUCUCUGGGAGCCACAAAAUCGAAAGAGAAAGCGAUACCAGGGAAGGGCAAAAAUAAAGCAGGUGUCGAGAACGUCCCACCAGAUGACAUAUUCUCUACAAGCGUUGCUUCGCCUCGUCCGAAGGCCAUAGCGAGUGCUCCAUCUUCUCCCAGCAAACGACGUCAAGCUGCGUCGCACUAUUCGGAUGUCGAAUCAAGUCCAUCGAAGAAACGUGAUCUAGUGAAUGUUUCCGCCCAACCGAAGAUGGCAGUCGAAGAGAGAGGACUCUUAUUUGGCGAUACCACGAAUAUGCUACCAAAAGUGAUCGUUCCUGAUAUGGAAGACGUGCAAUUCUCCAAGCCCAAAGCAAGGAGAACGCGAGCACAAACUGUGUCAGGGAAGACAUCAGGAUCGCUAACGCGAACAAAAUCACUGGGAAAAUUGAAGAGGGACUUCUAUGUGGAGAUCAAGCAGAAAACAUGAUACAUGAUUUAGAGUAAAUAAUAUUCCAUUGCUAGUUUGCGCGCAUAUACUGUAUCAUAGUGUACACUGACUUACUGGGUCUAAUGAUUGAGGAUGCAACAGUUUGUUAUUCAUUGCUAU